CGCCUGCAUCCUUCACACGCAGACCUCCCCUUCUUACCCUCGGAGCACGAUCAUACCAGUCGCUACUGGCACUUCGGCUGACCCGCAUCGGAUGAAACAGUCGACGCGCUCCUCCGAAGAUCUGUCCCCGCACUGCUCACGGAUCCUCGCGGAGUUUUGAGCAGAUAUGCUCUGUUUUCGCAACUCCUCGAAUCUGUGUCUGGAUGUCUUACUAUCGCUUCGUCCUUGUCGAGCCAGACACGACAGUUUCCUGGCAGAGUCCAAUCGCAGAGGAAGGGGAGCGAGGCUUGUCUUUCUGUAUGGUGGUCUCUGACUGCAACAAAAUUUACUCCCUGAAACGACCUACGAAGGAGCAAGUGCAGCGACUCACCCGCCUCUUCGGAUAUGAGCCUCGAUGGACGCGAGGGUCAAGAAGGAGUGGAAGGAUUACGGGUAUAGCAAUUGACAUGAUACUAUGAACGUAUUUAUUUGUCACGUAUCUCUGCUCUGCAAGACACAUUCUCUGCUUAUGUCGGCCUCAACGCUUGCUCGAGCGUCAACGAUAUUUUGGCGUAUUUGCACCUGUGGGUCCAAGUUCAGAUGCAUCGCAGCAAUCAGCACCUCGAACUUG